UGCUGAAGAGGAAGCAGACAUCUGUAUCAGCCCAUCCCCCAUAACGGAGCAUCAGGAAGACUAGUUGAAACUCCGAGAGGAAGAACAACAGGCCUAGCGGAGGCUGCUAACACGCCCCUCUAAUCGAGCCAUGGAGGAAAAUCAUGGAAUUACACCGAGAUGCGGAGCGAUCGCAGGUCAUGGUAAUCUUGCCUGUUCCCGAUGGUACUGAGGAUCGGUAACGUAUUACGAAAAUGUCUUUGGACUGUGUGUGUACUGAUGAGCAUUGCAGGGCGAGCCGUCGUUUAUGCGGAGCUGUUUAUGUUAGUCGGUGAUGGAAAAUGGCUUAUUCCCAGGGACAGCUGGGUUUUAUAUACGCCAUGCCUUUCAUAUUGCUGAAUGUGGUAGGCCUAGCGGUAGGACAGAUAAGGUACGCUAUUCAGGAGGAAAAAGAGCACGGGGCGUUUGUUGGAAAUAUUGCUAACGAUUUAGGAUUAGAUCUGAGAAAAUUAGCUGCCCGGGGAGUGAGGGUUACGUCCAGCUCCAGCAAACAGUACCUGGAUAUUAACCUGGGGAACGGCGUGUUGUUUGUCAAUGAAAGGAUAGACAGGGAAACUUUGUGCGAAGCCAGUGCCUCCUGUUUCUUAAACAUGGAAGUCGUUAUUGAGAAUCCGAUAGAAGUGCACAGCAUCGAAGUGGAAAUAUUAGAUGUAAAUGAUAAUGCUCCCGAAUUCCCAAGGAAGGAUUAUUAUUUGGAAAUAAGUGAAUCUGCUGUUCCUGGUGCGCGUUUCCCAGUGGAGAGCGCACAGGAUCCUGACGUAGGGACCAAUUCCAUCCGUACAUAUAGAUUAAGCCAAAACAAUUAUUUUACCCUAGACACAAAGGCUGUUAGCGAGAAUAGUAAAUUCAUUGAGCUGGUUCUUAAAAAGGCUUUAGACCGAGAAACAACAUCGCUUCACGAAUUGGUGUUAACGGCAAUAGACGGUGGAAGCCCACCGAAGUCGGGCACGGCUCAGGUUACGGUACGAGUCAGAGACAUCAAUGAUAAUGCCCCCUUUUUUGAUAAAUCUACAUAUAAAGUAAGUUUGUUAGAAAGCGCACCCCUGGGGUCCCUGGUGAUAAAGCUUAAUGCCACUGAUCUGGAUGAAGGUUCCAACAGUGACGUGCUGUACUCUUUCAGCAGCUAUACCCCGGAAAGAGUUAGGCAGCUGUUCAGUGUAGACAGCACUACAGGCGAAGUUAGGGUUAAUGGGACAUUGAAUUAUGAAGAAGCUACUUUCUAUGAGAUUUAUAUGCAAGCAACAGAUAAAGGUGCAGUAUCAAUGGCAGGGCACUGCAAAGUUCUGGUGGAGCUAAUAGAUGUCAAUGACAAUGCCCCUGAAUUAACACUGACCUCCCUGUACAGUCCUGUCCCAGAAAAUGCACAACCUGAAACAGUGGUGGCCUUGCUGAGUGCAACUGACCAGGAUUCUGGGCAAAACCAGCAGCUGACACUCACCAUACCAUCAAACCUGCCUUUCAAAUUGAAACCAUUUAAAAACUCUUACACUCUGGUAACUGAUGGGUACUUGGACCGGGAAAGUGUACAGGAGUAUAAUAUUACUGUCACUGCAAGAGAUGCAGGGAUUCCUCCUUUAUCCACCAGUAAGACAAUUUUUCUGGAAGUUUCAGAUAUAAAUGACAAUCCCCCUUUGUUUGAACAAAGUUCCUAUUCUGUGUAUGUGAAUGAGAAUAAUGCACCAGGAAUUUCUCUCUACACCAUAAAAGCACUUGACAAGGAUGCUAAUGAAAAUGCAUAUAUUUCAUAUUCCCUGCUUAAAAGACAAAUUGAAGGGUUACCAGUCUCUUCUUAUGUGUCAGUAAACUCUGAUACUGGUGACAUCUAUGCAGCUCAGUCAUUUGACUAUGAAAAACUAAGAGAGUUUCAGUUUGAGAUCCAAGCACUGGAUGCUGGGAAUCCACCACUUAGCAGCACGGCCACUGUUAAUGUGUAUGUUAUGGAUAAGAAUGACAAUGCACCAGUAAUUCUGUACCCAUCCUCUGCAAAUGGAUCCAUAGCUUUGGAAAUGAUUCCUCGGUCAGCUGAUGCAGGAUUUUUAGUCACCAAGGUGAUAGCCAUUGAUGCAGAUUCUGGGCAGAAUGCGUGGCUCUUCUAUGAGCUGCUUACAGCAACGGAUCCAAAUCUAUUCAAAAUGGACUUGCACACAGGGGAAAUAAGGACUACUCGCAAGCUCGGAGAGGAAAAUACUACUUCUUAUAGCUUGACUGUUCUCAUAAGAGACAAUGGGGAACCAUCUCUCUCUGCUACAGCUUCUGUGUCUGUGGUCGUAGUGGAGAGGGUUGCAAAGAUAAUCCCCAAUUCCAGAAGACAUUACAAACAACCUAAGAACUAUUCUGAUUUAACACUUUAUUUGAUAAUUGCUUUGACUUCCAUUUCCUUUAUUUUUCUUUUGACUGUUGUCGUUAUUGCUGCCAUCAAGUGCCAUAGAUACAGUACGUAUGGAGAGCCCUGUUGCAUGGACUCAUGCUGUUACAGGGAAAGGUAUUCAGCAGAGAUGUACAAACAAGCCAAUAACAACGUUUCUUCAGUGAUGCAUCGUGACCUCAAGGGCCAGCCCCGCUUCAUAGAGGUGAGAGGAAAUGGGUCUAUUUCUAAGACUUAUUGCUAUAAAGCAUGCCUCACAUCAGGAUCUGGGAGUGAUACCUUCAUGUUUUAUGAUACGGCUGGGCAACUCAGAACAGCUUCCAGUGUUGUAGUAGCUGAGAGAUAUCUGACUGGGCAGAGUGGGUCAGGAGGACAAAAUAAUGUUAUCCUUUGCAGCCCAGCAUCAAAUGAG